GUCUUUGUGACGUCAUUUGACAGGCCAAAAAAAAACAAUCCAGGAAGUGAUAGCUCUCGCUGUUUGUAUACGGCGGUCCCCCUCCCAACAAUGGCGACGUUCAUUUCUGUCCCGCUGAAGAAGUCCUCCGAAGUGGACCUGGUCAAGCCGCUGUCCAAAUACGUGACGUCCACCUACCCGGCGGGCGACGAGCAGGCGGAGUACAUCCGCGCCGUGGAGGAGUUGAACAAGCUCCGCAGGAACGCCGUGGGGAGGCCGCUGGACAAACAUGAAAGCGCCCUGGAGAUCCUGCUCAGAUAUUAUGACCAACUGUGUGCCGUGGAGCCCAAGUUUCCCUUCAGUGAAAACCAGCUGUGCUUAACCUUCACAUGGAAGGACGCCUUCGAUAAAGGCUCGCUCUUUGGCGGCUCCGUCAAACUGGCUUUGGCCAGUCUGGGCUAUGAGAAGACGUGUGUGCUGUUCAAUGCCGCGGCUCUCGCCAGUCAGAUCGCCUCCGAGCAGAACCUGGACAACGACGAGGGGCUGAAAAACGCCGCCAAAUACUAUCAGCUGGCCAGCGGCGCCUUCGGCCACAUCAAGGACACGGUGCUGUCGGCGCUCAACAGGGAGCCCACCAUGGACAUCGCCCCCGAAACGGUGGGCACCCUCAGCAUCAUCAUGCUGGCCCAGGCCCAGGAGGUCUUCUUCCUCAAAGCCACCUCAGACAGGAUGAAGGACGCCGUCAUCGCCAAGCUGUCCAAUCAGGCCGCCGAGUUCUACGGCGACGCCUUCAAGCAGUGUCAGUACAAAGACAACCUGCCCAAGUAUUUUUAUUUUCAGGAAGUGCUGCCGGUGCUGGCGGCCAAGCACUGCAUCAUGCAGGCCAACGCCGAGUUGCACCAGAGCAUCAUCGCCAAGCAGAAGAAGCGCUUCGGGGAGGAGAUCGCCCGCCUGCAGCAUGCAGCAGAGCUGGUGAAGACGGUGGCGACGCGCUACGACGAGUACGUGAGCGUCAAAGACCUGACGGACAAAAUCAACCGAGCCCUCACCGCCGCCAAGAAGGAUAACGACUUCAUCUACCACGACCGCGUUCCCGAGGUCAAAGACCUGGAGCACAUCGGGAAGGCAGCGCUGGUCAAGGCCACCGCCAUCACGCCGCCGCUCAGCCAGAAGUUCUCAGAUGUGUUUGAGAAGAUGGUUCCCAUGGCGGUGCAGCAGUCCAUGGGCGUGUACGGCCAGCGGAAGGCAGACACGGUCAACAGACUGGUGGGCACCAUGAGGGAGGCCACCAAUCUCUGCAACGGCGUAUUGGCGUCCCUCAACCUGCCCGCGGCUCUGGAGGAUCUAUCCGGAGACGCCGUCCCGCAGUCCAUCGCCGAGAAAGCCAGAUCCAUCGUGCAGCAGGGGGGGCUGCAGAGCAUCGAGCAGCUGAUCAAAGAUUUACCUGAGCUGCUGACCCGCAACAGAGAGAUCCUGGAUGAGGCGCUGAAGAUGCUGGAUGAUGAAGAGACGACGGACAACGAGCUAAGAGCCAAAUUCAACCAGCGCUGGAACAGGACCCCCUCUGGAGACCUGUACAAACCUCUCCGUGCAGAGGGCGCCAACUUCCGCAACGUCCUGGACAAGGCGGUGCAGGCGGACCAGGUAGUGAAAGACCGCUACAACACCCACUGCGACAUGAUCGCCCUGCUGUGCAAACCCGAGAGUGAGCUGUCCGCCGCCCUGCCCUCCGCCAACCCCACCAAGACGCUACAGGGCAGCGAGGUCGUGAACGUGCUGCGCUCUCAGCUGACGCAGCUGGACGACGUGAAGACGGAGCGCGAGGCGCUGGAAGCGGAGAUCAAGGGGGUGGUCUUUGACAUGUCCGCCACCUUCCUGACGGCGCUCGCCAAGGACGGCGCCAUCAACGAGGAGCAGCUGUCGGUAUCGCAGCUGGACCAGCUCUACGGCGAACACAACCAGAGGGUGCAGGCCAGCCUCCGCAAGCAGGAGGAGCUACUGGGGCAGAUUCAGACGUCCCAUCAGGAGUUCAGCAGCCUGAAGCAGUCCAACACAGAAGCCAACCAGAGGGAGGAGGUCCUGAAGAAGCUGGCCUCGGCCCAUGACAGCUACGUGGAGAUCAGCAGCAACCUGCGUGAGGGCACCAAGUUCUACAACGACCUGACUGAGAUCCUGCUCAAGUUCCAGAACAAAUGCUGCGACAUCGUUUUUGCUCGCAAAACCGAGCGGGAUGAGCUUCUGAAGGAGCUACAGCAGAGUAUCGCCCGAGAGCCAAGCGCCCCCUCUUUUAACAUCCCUGCUUAUCAGAGUACCCCCGCCGUACCCCCGGGCGGCCCCACUCCGGCCCCCAGGACCGUAUUUACCCAGCCCCCUCAGCAGAUGCCCCAGCAGACCCAAGCAAAGUCCCAGCCCCCGGCCAGGCCCCCUCCACCCACCUUCACGCCACAGGCCGCCUCCCCGACCCCGCCUGCAGGCACACCCACCAACAACCCGCCGGCAGUGGCCCCACCCUCUCAGGCCCAGGGACCCCCUUACCCGACGUACCAGGGGUACCCACAGUACUUCCAGAUGCCCAUGGGCUACAACCCGUAUGCCUACGGCCAGUACAACGUGCCCUACAUGCCCUACCAGGCCACUCCGGGCCAGGCGGGCUACCCGGGCGCUCCCCCGCCCGCACAGGGCUACCCCGGCUACCCCGCACAACCCUCCCAGCAGCAACAGCAGCAGCCGUACUACCCUCAGCAAUAAACACACGUGUACAAUACCAAAUCACACGACGACAACACCCUGCUGUUUCCCAGCAAUAACACUUAGUUUUUCACUACUUCCACUUUUAUAUUUGUCCUCUCUUCAAAGCACUUUUCCACAAACCAUUCGACUUUUUUUUCCCUCCUCUUUUCUUAUAAAUUGCUGUAUUUUACCCUCCAGAAUAUCCCAGGCUGGACUGCUGCCCACCCCGCCCCCCUUUCGUCUUAUCAGCUAUUUUUGUAAUUAACAAGCCUCGCAGAUGUACAAACAUUUAGAAAAAAAAAUGGAUGGCUUAAUGGUUCUUUUCUAACUGAGGUGACUGUUCCUGUCUCUGCUCUCCUCUUCCUGGGAAUGUCUGACCUAUCAACCGUGUCCCAAUCACAGGCUGUACAAGUAUAUUAUAAAUAAUAUAUGUAUAAAACAAUCCUAUCUGUC